AUGCUUCUGAGGCCUCAAUUUUGGCGUGGUCAGCAACAUGGAGCUCGAAGUGGUGUUGUGCAUGCGAGACAUAUGAGACCUCUCUGUGAGAGAAUAUCGUCUGAGGUUACCGAAAUUGAAGAUAAUCCAAAGAAUAUAGUCCUCUUCAUGCCCUAUCUACACUGGGAUACCGACAGAAUGAGAAACAAGAUGGCGAAGAUGAUUGAUAUCGAGUCGGAGCAGCAGCGCAAAAGAAACGAAAACAUCGCCUACGAGAAACGCAAGACACGCAUAGAACAGAGGAAGGACUUGGAGCCGGGUGCGAAGCGCAUAUUACACACAGACAACAGGGAUCAAAACGAUGAAAAGACGACUCAGAGCGGCGACCAGAAGCGCUCGACGGCCCCGUCACAAGGUGUGAACGAUCUGGCUGAUUUGAUGGACAGACUUGUUUCUGUCGGUAGAAGCAAACAGCGGAUUGAAAUAGAUGACAAUGGCAGGCUCAAGAUCAACAAUCCUCUCGGACAGUACCUGAUUGACGCGGCAAGACUCUACGAAGCCAUAUCUACUUAUCGAGACCAACGAAUGCUGGAGAAGUAUCUGUACCAUGAUCCACCUCUUCACCCCCGCCGAACGCUUGAUCAGUCCUACUACUGGACCUUGAAGACCACUAAGGUCCGAGACAGGGACCAGGUUGUCUAUCGGGGAACAAAUAUGAAUCUGGAUUUUUGUCACCGACUCGAGCCACAGCCAACUACAACAGAGUCCGGUCCAUGGAGCCGGCUCAAGGCAGUAUUCCAUCAAAGCUCGGAUAACGACAAUGUCGACGUCACACUGAAGUGGACUGACCACUGGGACAAGACGGAUAAACAUGGCUGUGAGCACUGCCGGAGUGACAUUCGCAAAAUCUCUCAGCUCGUGAUGGUCGAUCAGCUCUGGAUGUGGGUUUUAGACGAGAAGACAAUUAUCACCUCAUUUCCCAAGCGCUACGGGUUCAACAAGCAGGAUCUUUCGGGGGUGCACAAGUCUAUCCGUCAAAGGCUGAAGUUUGCCCGCAAGAAUCAGGUCAGGUCGGUGUAUGACUUGGCUCUGAUCAUCCUCGACGAAUGUUGCAACACCUUCUUUGAUCGAACCAAAACUGAGGACAGCCAACCACAGGUGAUGGACAUCUUUUCAGAAGCUAUUGGUAAUGUGACGAAUCAACACACGAUAUCCUUCCAACAUGUCUGGCAUUGGACACAAAAGGCAUCCAAAAUCUACCGCUCGAGAUCCAAGUACAUCGACUCAUCUGACCUGCACGUGCCCCUCUUGGACAUUCAUCCAGAAGGGAAGCUGCAAAGAGAGGUCAAGGACAUCAUUGAUGAGCUCGACAUCAUGAUUCAUGUUCACAAGAAGCAGAGAGAGGUGAUCAAACGGUUUUGCAAGCAUGUAGAGCACAUUCUCGAUCCCGACGGCCGGUGGAAGGAAGGCGCUGUCCAACAUGACCGAGGGAUGUCAAGAAGGGCACUCAGUACCACCGAGAACAUGGAAAAGUAUAUCAAAAUGGAGGAGAAGCGCGACCAGCUUCUGUGGUUUCGAAUGCAGUCUCAAGAACUUCUUGCCGAAGUGGACGAUCGACUUGAUGAGCUUGAGGGGUUGAAGAAGGGGGCUGAGAGUACGGCCCAAAGUGUCACCGAUCUUCUGUCUCUCAAGCAACAACAGGCAAGUGUCGUUCAGGCAUGGGAAUCGGUCAAGCAAGCCGAAGAGGCAGUUCGCCAGGGGCGGGCUAUCAUGAUGUUUACUGUCAUCACUAUUAUCUUUCUCCCCUUGUCAUUUAUUGCCUCGAUAUUUGGCAUGAACAAUUACGAAUUUGGCGGCAGCGAUAAUCCAUGGAGUGUAUGGGAGCAACUAAAGUUCAUUUUGCCCAUUUCCUUUGGCGUCAUUUUCCUUUCCGUAGUCAUUGCCUUUUCCAACCUCCUUCGCGCCUUCAUAUGGUCUCUGUUCAAACUGUUCACCACCUCGGUGCUUAUAUACUCCGGUCUCUAUCGAUUCUGGCUCACCUUUAGUGACGAGUGGUGCUCGACUUCGAUGAUGCAGAAAACGGAGAAAAUGGUGCAGGACAUGAAGGAAGAGGUGAGGAGGGCGAAGAAGCUGCGUCGGAACCAACGAAGUCAAAAGAAGAAGCAGAAAGAGGACGGGAAGGGAAAGAAAGGCAGAGACGGAAAGGACUCCCAAGAUGAGGACAAAAAUCAGGAGAAAGCUACCAGGCAUGCCAAUGGGAAUGGAAUACAGACUGUUCACUUCUUCACAGAAAUGGGACAGGAGCAGCGACGCAAUACCACGGGUCGACGGUCCUGGGAUAAACGGCGACGGGAUAAGUCCCCGCAUCUUCGAGUGAGCACAUGGCCUCGCGACACGUCACCCAAUGCUUGUGGAUCGACUAGCGCCCAUCCAAGAGUGUCACAUCAUGAAGAGAGAGAUAACAGAUCUGCGCAAGACAUGAACGGAAGCCAGCUGAACGGGGACGAUGGAAGUGGAAGCCCUGCAGGGCUUACAGUUCGGGGGUCUGAUAAUAAUGUUUAGGGCGUCUUUGCAACCUUUUGGGGAGGAAACUUUGUCAGCGUGUCGGGGUGUCACUAUGGCUGGUCUCACAAUGUUAAAAGAACAAAGUCUUGGAUUGCUACCUUUGGAAAACCUCCUUCGCAUAGCUGCACUGAUAUCUACUACAAAUUCCAG